CGCAGCGAAAUCGUCGUAACCACUACCGUACGCCUCACAGCCAAUCGCAGGCCCCCUCUUGGCGAACAGUGAAAGGCGUCUUCUCGUCGGUCUCGGCUAGCUCAAUGAUGGGAGGCGCCAAGCCGCUCGCGGCGCCGCUGCUCCUCCCGCCGUCCCCCGGCAGCCACCUCGCGCCUGGCACCGCAUCAUGCGCCCCCGACCCCAGCGCGGCUCCUCUCACCCCCGCCGCCCAGAGCCCGGACCAGGAGGGCCCUGGCCCAGCGCAACGGCCGGAGGAGACGCCACCACGCUCCCCCGCGCUGCGCGCGAGCUCACAGCUCAGCCAGUGGUCCCGCGCGCGGGCGCUCCGGUCGGGGCGGCGGCUCGGCAGCGAGGCGCUCUCGGCGCCGAUGACCAAGCAGCCGCCACCGCCGCCGCCGCCGCCGUUGCCCGAGAAAGAGGGUUCCGCAGCGGGGGAGGACGGCGAGGACGACGACGUGUGCUUGGCUGAGAGGGACGCGUUGGGGAAGGCCAUCUACAUGGUGUCGGACGGGACUGGGUGGACCGCGGAGCACUCGGUGAACGCCGCGCUCGGGCAGUUCGAGCACUGCCUCGUUAACCGCGGAUGCGCCGUCAACACCCACCUCUUCUCCGGGAUCGACAACAUGGAUAGACUUAUUGAGAUAAUAAAGCAAGCGGCAAAAGAAGGGGCGCUGGUCCUAUAUACCCUUGCUGAUCCUUCAAUGGCGAAGGCAAUUAAGAAGGCCUGCGAUCUAUGGGGUGUUCCAUCGACUGAUGUUCUUCGACCUACAGUUGAAGCCAUUGCUUCUCAUAUUGGUGUUGCUCCAUCUGGGAUUCCACGAAGUUCUCCUAGCCGACAGGGUCAUCUCACUGAGGAUUACUUCCGACGAAUUGAGGCUAUUGAUUUCACCAUCAAACAAGAUGAUGGAGCUCAGCCACAGAACCUUAACCGUGCACACAUUGUACUUGUUGGCGUUUCUCGCUCCGGGAAGACACCAUUGUCAAUUUAUCUAGCUCAAAAAGGAUACAAGGUGGCGAAUGUCCCAGUUGUGAUGGGAGUGGACCUUCCAAAGGCCCUUUUCGAGAUAAAUCAGGACAAGAUUUUUGGAUUGACGAUAAACCCAGUGGUUCUUCAAGCAAUCAGAAAGACAAGGGCCAAAUCUCUAGGUUUUGAUGGGCACAAGAGCAAUUAUGCUGAAAUGGAGCACGUGCGGCAGGAAUUGAACCACGCAAAUCAUAUUUUUUCUCAAAAUCCAAUGUGGCCAGUCAUUGAAAUCACUGGGAAAGCUAUAGAGGAAACAGCUGCUGUCAUUGUCAGGAUUCACCAUGACAGGAAACAGAAGUGCUCCAUGCCACGCAUAUCGAAACGGGUGGCUCCAGUUAUGGUCUACGAUUAUCUGUCAGAGGUCGUUAACACGCAUUUGGAGUAUUAAAAGACUUUUUUCUAGGAGCUUUUACGUCAAUUCUACUGCAGUGAAGAGAUUCCGAAAACCUAAAUCCUGUCCAGUCCGGCAUUCUUUACGUUGCUCUGGCUAGAUUAGGGUCAUUGUGCGUAGAGGUUUCCAAAUUUAUCUUAGAUCACCACCUCGUGAUCUGUGUCAUCUUUUGUUCGUUCAUUUAGCUUAGGUUUAUUGAAUUGCUGUACUGAUCUUCCAUAAAAGGCAUUCAAACACAAAGACAAUUCUUCGAAGUACGUUUUGUA